CCGCGCGCUCUGAGCCUCAGCCGCCUGGCAGUGCUGCUCACCCUGCCCGUGGCGCUGCCAGUGGGGCAGCUGCUGGAGCUGGCGGCGCGGCCCGGGCGGCUGCGCGAGCGCGUGCUGGAGCUAGCGCGCGGAGGCGGCGACCCCUACAGCGACCUCAGCAAGGGAGUGCUGCGCUACCGGACAGUGGAGGACGUGCUUACGCCUCUCGAAGACUGCUUCAUGCUGGAUGCCAGUGCAGUUCUGGACUUCAGCGUCUUGGCCAGCAUCAUGCAGAGCGGCCACACGCGCAUUCCGGUGUACGAGGAAGAGCGCUCCAACAUCGUGGACAUGCUCUACCUCAAGGACUUGGCCUUCGUGGACCCCGAGGACUGCACACCGCUCAGUACCAUUACCCGCUUCUACAACCAUCCACUCCACUUCGUCUUCAAUGACACCAAGCUAGACGCAGUCCUGGAGGAGUUCAAGCGAGGGAAGUCCCACCUGGCCAUCGUGCAGAAGGUGAACAACGAGGGCGAGGGCGACCCCUUCUAUGAGGUGCUGGGCCUGGUCACCGUGGAGGACGUCAUCGAGGAGGUCAUCAGGUCCGAGAUCCUGGACGAGUCUGCAGACUACCGAGAUGCUGCCGUGCGGAGGACAGCCACCUCCCUGAGUGCCCCGCUCAAGCGCAAGGAGGACUUCUCCUUGUUCAAGGUGUCUGACGAGGAGUACAAAGUAAAAAUCUCGCCUCAGCUGCUCCUGGCCACCCAGCGCUUCCUUUCCCGAGAGGUGGACGUGUUCAGCCCGCUGCGCAUCUCUGAGAAGGUCCUCCUGCACCUGCUGAGGCACCCGAGCGUCAACCAGGAGGUGAAGUUUGAUGAGAGCGACCGCCUGGCCGCCCACCACUACCUGUACCAGCGCAGCCGGCCGGUGGACUACUUCGUCCUCAUCCUGCAGGGCAGGGUUGAGGUGGAGAUCGGGAAGGAGGGCCUGAAGUUUGAGAACGGGGCCUUCACCUACUAUGGAGUGUCCGCCCUGACCACGCCGUCCUCGGCUCACCAGUCCCCGGUGCCCUCGCACCAGGCCACCCGCCAUGACCUGCAGCCCGAGCCAGCCGAGGGCACCCGCUCCUCCACCUACUGUCCCGACUACACCGUGAGGGCCCUCUCUGACCUUCAGCUCAUCAAGGUCACGCGGCUGCAGUACCUCAAUGCACUCCUGGCCACCCGAGCCCAGAGCCUGCCACCGUCCCCCGAAAACUCUGACCUCCAGGUCGUCCCAGGCAGUCAGACCAGGCUCCUCAGUAACAAGACCACGGCAGCCGCGGCCUUCCCAGUAGACCUUUCCCUCUUUGGCACAUUUGGAAACUGCAGUUGAUAGAUGACUGGGACUAGUGAGCCUUUUUUGUUUUCAGA